CAAUGAAGCGAAACUGCGACGCAAAACUCAAAAAGUGCGCUACAAAUUUCAAUAUUUUGGGAUUUUACGUUACUCCAUGUAAAAGGGGAAAAAUUUAAUAGCAAAUUUUAUGUGUGCUGUGCUUAAACACAAAAGGCAAAUGCAAAUUCUGCAAUUUUUUUGCAGAUGAAAAUAUCCAAAUAGUGUAACCAACUCGAAGGACAUUUUUUAAGCAUCCUCGAGGACUAUUGCCCUUACUCUAGAACACUCUGUGUACGUGUGUGUGUAUGUGUGUGCAAAACAAAAAUAAGUGCCACUACGUCUCAACUGCUGCGUAGUUGGUGGACUGCCUUCAAUGAAUGUUUAAUUUCAGCCUGACACAACAGUCAAGGGAAUACGAGACUAAUUAAGCCUGACAGAAGGCGCAAACAACAACCAAGUAACAAAUUAUAACUUUUGGCUCUAAGCACCACAGAAAACGGCGAACCUUAAUAACCUGGAAUAACCAACCAGCCCACAGAAAAACACGGCAUUUGCAGUACCAACAUCUGUAUGUGCAUAAUUGAAAAGACAAUUCGCUGAACCAUGCAAGUGCUAAUUCACAAUUUGUAAUUAGUUUUCCCUCUCCAAGAAAAAAAGAGACUAAAAAUAUGUCAAAUCUUCUGAAUAUGGACAAAUCGAAUGGCAAUGGUGUUUAUGCAGCCAAACCCAACAGCAUGGAUAAUGAUAAUAAUGGCCAUGGUCAUGGACUUAGCUCAACCAACAUGGGUAGCCAGGUUGUGGCCGCUGUUGUGGCAGCUGCAUCGGCCGGCACUUUGCCCACCUCUGCAUCCAGUGAGGAUCUCAGCCAAAGCCUGUCCGAGUACACAGAUGCCGAUGAAAGCAUAUCGGCACCCACAGAAUUUCUCGCAGAGUUUCUGUCUGCCGUCAUGCUUAAGGACUACAAGAAAGCAUUGAAAUAUUGCAAAUUGAUCCUUCAAUAUGAGCCGAACAAUGCCACGGCCAAAGAGUUCUAUCCACUCAUAUUGGACAAGCUGGGAAGUGGCGGUGGUGCCGGUGGUGUUGGUGGUGUGGCCACAGCAAGCGACAGUGAUGAAAACUAUAAUAAAUCUUCAUCGCCCGAGUUGGCCUUGGAGUUGCCUGCCAGCGACGAUGAAGAUGACGACGAUGAAGGACAUUAUCCUGAUGACGAGGAUGCCGAUGUGGAUGACGAUGAGGAUGAUGAUGUUGAAGAUGCUGAUGAUGAUGUUGAUGAUGAUGAUGAUGAUGAUGAUGACGAUGAUAUCGAUGUUGACGAAGACGAUGACAUUGACAUUGUCGAUGUGGAGGCGGAAGAGAGCAGCAGUGGCGAUGAUUUUGAUCUACCGAUUGAUGAACCUCAGGAUAUUGAUGCAGCAGCUGCAAAUGAUGAUUUACCAGUACACACAACACACAAGCAUUCGCAUUCCCAUAAUGACUCUGGUUCCUCUCGCAAUUCCUCAAGCGGUGGCGGAGGUCGCAGCGACAAUACCACACAUUCCUACUCCAGCCUGCUACUCGAAGAGGAAGAUGACAUUGUGCCGGUUAAUCUGAAUUUUACCCAUAAGGAAUCCAUCUCCACAGAUUUGGAUGUCAGCAACGGCAAUAAAAUACCUUCAGCCUCAUGCAGUGACUCGGAAUCCCCCACAGAGCCGUUGACCCAACGAUUGGCGGCCAUUCUGCGCUCCAAAUGUGGUGUCUCAGCCGGCAGCAGCAAUGAUGGUCAAUAUUGAAGGAAAGGAAUCAUAGAUCUUUGCUUUACACAGUGCAAUCGGUUAAUGGAUUAAUAUUUCAAUUUGUGAAUACCCUAAAUCCCCAAAUAUUAUACAUAUAUGAGUUCUCGAGUGUUUAACUAAUUUAUCCUUACUAUUUGCUUUUAUUAUAAUCGUCAAAAAGUUCAAAUAUUUCCCAUUUUUAGUAUAAAUAUGCACAAGAAUUCGAUUACUUUACUUUUAAUUUAAAACUUUGGCAAAAUUUUUGAAUGUUUAUUAAGAAGUUCUCAUUUUGAUUGUAACUUUAAACCCAUUUGAUUUUAAUUUAAAACUUUGGCAAAAUUUUUGAAUGUUUAUUAAGAAGUUCUCAUUUUGAUUGUAACUUUAAACCCAUUUGAUUAUGUGCUUUACUUAUCUAACUUAGAUAGUACAACAAUUUAAGUAUCAUUACACGAUAUCGUUUUCUCAUAGUUGUGGAUUAGGUUCAAAACCAGAUUUUAAAAUCAUUAUUGUUACACUGUGUAAUUCUUGUACCUAUAUGCAUGUGUAUAUAUAUCUGUAGCUAUGUAUAUUCUUGAUGACAGAAAUAUUUGUACGCCCCCUUUAUGCCCAGCUAAUCUCCCUCUUAUAACUAGAAGAAACCAAAAAAUACCCAAGAAAAUCAGCAACGAUAAAAUCUAGUGCGAUUGCGCUUUAUAAGAACCUAGAAACCGUCCCUAAACUGCAUACACGUGUUUUUUCCAAAACUAUUUACUUCAAAUAUAUAUAUAUAUGCAAUAUGUAUUCCCUAGACAAACCGACAUAUCGUACAAAACUUAAUAAGUACUAACUAUAUACAUAAAAAGAAACUACAUAAACACAUAAUACCUACAUUAAAACUGAAUAACAUUAUAUAUGUAAAAUGUACUAUAUAGCCUAGACUUAUGUAAAACAUAGUUUAUGCUCGUUUCACUUGAAGAGCAAGUAAAUAUAUAUAUAUAUAUAAAUCUAUAUACUCGGUAUCAUAUAUAACAGAAAUCUAUAUACAUAUGUAUACAUAUGUAUGUAUUAGUAAGACACUCUGACAAAAUAAGCGCACAGGACUGGAGAUUUUGGAAUGCUGUUGGCUAAAAACAUUUACACAUUAGCAUUUUAUAGAGAGAUCGAUUUUUUCCCCCCUCCCACUCUUAGAAAAUUUAUACUUAUACGAUUAGCAUUAAUUUAGAAAGCCAAAACGCAAAUAAAAACGAAAACAAAAACAAAACGGUACGAGUUAAAAUGGAUAAAGUCUGAUACUACAGAAUAGCAAGAACGUGUGUUGGAGCUACAAAGGGAAAUGUGGUCCAAAGUCAUAAAAAACAACAACUAAAUGUGUAGAGAUCUAUGUAUAAGAUACUAAAUACAUAUACAUAUAUUUUUUGAUUAUCCAUAAACAUUGUCAAUCUCUUAUCAAUAUCUUGCAAAAUGUUCAAAUAUUGUAACAUUUUUUUUCGAAUAAUCAUCCUACA